UUUGGGCUGGACUAUUUAUCUGAGAGUACAAAAUAAUGUUAUUUAUAGCAGAGUGAGCUGAACAUCAAUGAGAAAAAAACGUCUGUUUCCUGAACUACAGAACGAGGAGUAAGACAGGAUGGGCACUGCUGGAAAAGUUAUUAAAUGCAAGGCAGCUGUGUUAUGGGAGCCAAAUACACCCUUUUCUAUUGAGGAAAUAGAAGUUGCCCCACCAAAAGCUAAAGAAGUUCGUAUUAAGAUUUUGGCCACAGGAAUCUGUCGCACAGAUGACCAUGUGAUUAAAGGAGUAAUGGUGUCUAAUUUUCCUGUGAUCAUGGGACAUGAAGGAGCUGGGGUUGUGGAGAGCAUUGGAGAUGGAGUGACUACAGUGAAACCAGGUGACAAAGUCAUCCCCCUCUUUCUGCCUCAGUGUAGAGAAUGCAAUGCUUGCCUCAACCCAGAUGGAAACCUUUGCAUUAAGAUUGACCUUACUGGUCGUGGAGUACUGGAUGAUGGCACUAGCAGAUUUACAUGCAAGGGCAAAACAGUGUACAACUUCGCUGGUACCAGUACAUUUACUGAGUACACGGUGGUGGAUGAAUUUGCUGUUGCCAAGAUUGAUGACGCGGCUCCUCUCGAGAAAGUCUGUUUAAUUGGAUGUGGGUUCUCCACAGGAUAUGGAGCUGCUAUUAAAACUGGCAAGACGAAUUCCUUGAACUCGAGUCCUCCAUGCCCAGACCUUGUCAGACAACAUGGUUGGAAGAGGACGUGGCAGAUGAUAAACUCCAGGGAGGUCACCCCGGGUUCCACAUGUGCUGUUUUUGGCCUGGGAGGAGUUGGCCUUUCAGUCAUCAUGGGCUGUAAGUUAGCUGGUGCUUCCAGGAUCAUUGGAAUUGACCUCAACAAAGGCAAAUUUGAGAAGGCCAUGGCUGUAGGGGCCACAGAGUGCAUCAGCCCCAAGGACUUUACCAAGCCCAUCAAUGAGGUGCUGUCAGAAAUGACAGGCAACAAUGUGAGCUUCAGUUUUGAAGUUAUUGGGCGUCUUGAUACGAUGGUUGAUGCCCUUGCAUCCUGCCACAUGAACUAUGGGACUAGUGUGGUGGUAGGUGCUCCUCCAUCAGCCAAGAUGCUCACCUGUAACCCUAUGCUGCUCUUCACUGGACGCACAUGGAAGGGGUGCAUAUUUGGAGGUUGGAAAAGCAGAGAUGAUGUCCCAAAAAUAGUGACUGACUUCCUGGCAAGGAAAUUUGACCUGGACCAGUUGAUAACCCACAGUUUACCUUUUACAAAAAUCCAGGAAGGGUUUGAACUGCUGUAUUCAGGGCAAAGCAUUCGAACUGUCCUGACGUUUUGAGAUUCUAAGUGGCAGGAAGCCUGUGUUGUGUGAUGGUGACCUGGAACUUUCUUCUCACAUGUCCCUCAGCUGAAACUGUAGAGCUGCUUCAUAAAUACAAGCAGGAACAGAAGAUUUGGUGAGGAUACAGAAUCUUUAUGAAAUAAAUACUUAGAGCCCUGACCAGGUAGCUCAGUUGGUUAGAGCGCCACCCUGAUACACCAGCAUUGCAUGUUUGAUCCCCGAUCAAGGCACAAUGAAUCAACCAAUGAACACAUGAACAAGUGGAACAACAAAUCCAUGUUUGUCUCUCUCUCUCCCUUCUCCUUUCUCUCCCUUCCUCUCUCUCUAAAUUCAAUCAAUAAAAAAUAAUAAAUAAUAAAAGAAUUAGCAAAUUUACUAAA